AUGGACGCUGCACAGGGGGGCCGCCAUACAAAUACCGAUGGAACGACGGCGAGGCCGGUACUGACGGAGGGUUUGGGGCGUGGAGGAGAGGUGACGGAGGAACGUGGGGCAUCGAGGGACGAGGCUGCUGCGGCUGGAGGGGCAGGGGAAAACGACGUAGUGGAGACUGAGCUGGUGGCUGUUGCGCUACCCUGGAUGGCGGUUGCAGUGGUGCCUGAGGUAGCUCCUGCUGCCGUGCCUGCAGCGGAGACGGCGGUCGGCCCGGUGCCUACUGGCGGUUCUGCCGCUGCCUUUGGCGGCGGCUCAACUUCAACCUCUGCCACCCCACGGGUUGCACAGCCGGAGGCUAGGGAGACGAGGCCGGGCGCGGAUCCGGAGCAGACCGAGGAGGUGGUGUUGUCCGUGUCACCAGCACCGGUAACGGCGGCUGUGCUGGCGGCGGUGGUGUCUGCUACGACUGGGGAGCAGGGCGGAGCCCCGGUGGCGGAAGGCGCGACGACUGCCAUUGCGUGCGCCGCAGCCGCAAACAGGCAGGAGCACGGCCAGGCGGAGGGUGAGAUUCCGGGACCCGCGAACGACGUUUCUUCUGGCGCUGUACGAGCGAAGUCGAAGAAGAAGCUGCGUGCCCAGCCAGCGCCGAGACGGCCCGGAGCAGGGCUGGGACCUGGCUCCCUGGGACCCCUCAUGGCCUGGCUUCUGCAAGGGCAACCGCCAUCGGAGCGAACGCAUCGGUCCGGCAGAAGGCGUUGCCACUCGUCACUCGGCUCGGCUGGGCACUAUCACGUGGGGUCCUCCAAGGGGAGGCCAUACGCCGUGGAUGACGGCGGGGAGAGCGGGACUAGAGGCCACGGCUUGAUCGGCGCUGGUGGUAGGCCGGGGUUUGCGCGGUAUGGGCCGCGGAAGGCGAGGGGGGGAGGGCGCGGGGGUGUCGCUCGUCUGGGGGGAGCUGAGAUCCAAGCACGUACAGGCCCUUGGCAGGAACGUCACGACCGCCCGGAGUGUUCGGAGGCUGUGGGCAAUGGGGACGAAGCCGGCUCUGCUGAGGAGAACGGGGAUCCAGAGUUGAUGUGUGGAGAGGAACCAGGCCCAGAGUCGGAAGAGGUUUCACUGGAAAACGAGGAGGAAGUAAGAAGAGGGCGGAAUCGAGCGAGAGGCGCCGGGGAGGGAGUGGACGGAGUAACAUCCCAGGCUGUGGGAGUGACUAACCAACGAAGUGAAAUCGCCAGCCACCCUGGUAGAGGAUGA